GAACCGCUUAGUUUCAUUCGUCCACUCGUUUCCGUUUCUUGCAAUCCUCCUGACUUCAAGCCCGCAGACAUAGCCUUGAUUCCAUCCGUACUAUUGUACCAGUCUAUGACCUUGCUAGCGCAGUCCUUACUUUAGGUUUGGCCUCGUCUGCAUACGCAUCUGCACUUUCUUCCAACGACAGGCUUAGUAGGGUUGCAAGUUCGUCAGUGGACCGUUUCUCUUGCUUCUUUCGGUCUUUUCUCUCUACCUCGUGCUUCCCCUAUUAGCCUUCGUCUCACGGUAAUCGUACCCCCCUAACUUUGACUGAUUAAUAUCCUCGUCUUUAAGGAUGCCGGCGAAGGAUCCGCCAGGCAGUCCGACCAAGUCGCGGAGCAUCACCAAGACAGUCAAUGGCAGCCAUCAGUUCAACAUCACUGGCUACUCGCUCGCCAAGGGCAUGGGAGUCGGCAAAUACAUGUCCAGCGACACCUUUACCGUCGGAGGUUAUAAGUGGGCGAUUUACUUCUACCCGGACGGGAAGAACGCCGAGGACAACUCGCAGUAUGUGUCGCUCUUCAUCGCGCUUGCCAGCGAGGGAACGGACGUCCGUGCGUUGUUCGAGCUGACGAUGCUCGACCAAAGCGGGCGCGGUCGCCAUAAGGUUCACUCACACUUCGACCGUGCUCUCGAAUCCGGACCGUACACGCUGAAGUACCGGGGAUCCAUGUGGGGUUACAAGCGGUUCUUUCGCCGAGCGACGUUAGAGACGUCGGAUUAUCUCAAGGACGACACUCUCCAGAUUACGUGCACGGUCGGCGUCGUUGUGACUGAAACGGAGGGUCCGAAGCAGCCGGUGUCGAUACCUAUCCCCCCCUCGCAGAUGGGGAACGACUACGAGGUGCUUCUGUACUCGGGAGAGGGCUGCGACGUAACGUUUGACGUCGGAGAUGAAACGGUGUCCGCUCACAGAGUCAUCCUGGCCGCUCGUUCACCAGUCUUGAAGGCGUUACUGUACGGACCCAUGCGGGACAGGCGGGAGGGAAACAUCCCCGUUACAGACAUCGAGGCUCCGGUGUUUAAAGCUCUCCUCCAUUUCAUCUACACCGACGACCUCCCGAGCUCCGGACCGUCCGCGUUCACGCCGAUCAUGGCGCAGCAUCUGCUGGCGGCUGCGGACCGGUACGCGUUAGACCGGCUGCGAUUAAUCUGCGAGUCGAAGUUGUGUGAGACGGUGGAUGCGGACACGGUGGCGACGACGCUGGCGCUGGCGGAGCAGCACAACGCGAAGCGGCUCAAGAACGUGUGCCUCCAAUUCGCUGCGCAGAACCUCGCGAGUGUGAUCCAAUCAGAAGGCUUCGAGCAUCUACGAAUCAGCUGUCCGUCCCUCCAGGCGGAGCUUCUUCAGGCGGUAGCAGGCGUGGGGAACAACAGUGAGAUCAUCGCUACAAGGAGGCCCGCUGAUCCGAACUGGGCUGACGAUUUGAAUGCUGAUGGCAGCGACCCUACAGGGAGGAGAGUCAGGCUCAGGCUGGGAAAUUUGUGAAUUGCUGUGGGACACUAUACUGCGAUUCUGGAUGGCUUGUACACUUAACAUUUCAUGUGGAGUUUCUAAUCCAUUUCUUCCC